GAGUUACGGAUCGUUCAAGUGGUGCUGCGUUUGGUGUCGUCUGAUCGCACGGUGCAUCGGGAUAAACGCAUACGAUCGCAUAUCUACAUACGUGUGCCGAUUCGUCGUUGCCUACCUCUCUCGCGUACACGCACGCGCCUUCUCUCUCUCUCUCUCUCGCUCGCUCGUUCUCUUUACCUCUCUUGCCGCCUCUCUCUUACCUCCCACUCGAAUACCUCCCUCGUCCCUUUUUCGAUCGCCGAUUUUCGGAUCCGUCGAGGUGCGUGCGGGCACGCCGCGUUCGAUCUCGUGAAUGUGCGCGAUCAGGAAGCCGGUCGUCCGCAAGGAAACAUGCGUGAGCAGAGCUGGAGGACAACGACUGCGACAACGACGAGGAACACGCUGCACGUGACUGCGGCACCCUCGCACGUUCUGCUGCAGUGAGUGGAGAGAAAGGGAGGAAAAAGAGAGUGAUAGAAACACGUCCUUUCUCCUUCCGCUGUUACGACGGAGCCUGUGUUUAACGGGGAGUAAAAAAGAGUGCCGGUGGUUGGUGCGGUAUUCGUGAGUUACCGAGGAUCUUUCUCCUUUUUUUCUCGUGAUCUACAGAGGAGACUACGAAUCCUGGCACGUUUUCGGUGUCGUUCGAACCACCCGAGAGAAGAUGAGGCGUACCAUCUUGGAAACGAGGAUGCACCCCGUGUUAUCCUGUUGGUGCGUUGUCGCCACUGUCACCCUCGUCCUCGCAGCAUGGCAGGAAAACAUCAGGCCGAAGAUGUACGUCCAACUCGGUGCGGAAGAUGUGUUCAGGUUUACGGGGAACGAGACGCACACAGACUACUUUCGGCUGGUACUCCGGGACGGGAACUAUCUUCUGGUCGGCGGAAGAAAUCUCGUGCACAAUCUGAGCCUGACCGAUUUGACCGAGCAGCAGAGGUUGACUUGGUACUCGACCGACAGUGACGUGAAGAUGUGCCUGGUGAAGGGCACGCCGGAGGAGAAUUGCCAGAACUAUAUUCGCAUCCUCGUCAAGACGGACGCGAACACGUUGCUUGUGUGCGCGACUAACGCGUUCAAGCCGAUGUGCCGUGACUACGGGGUGCACGCCGGCAAUUACACGAUACUGAAGGAGAAGGGUGGCCAGGCGAUGUGCCCCUACGAUCCGAGGCACAACAGCACCUUCGUUUACGUGGACGGGGAGCUUUACACGGGCACUGUGGCCGAUUUCGCGGGGAUGGACCCGAUCAUCUACAGGGAGCCGCUCCAGACCGAGCAGUACGACUCCAAGAGCCUAAACGCGCCAAACUUUGUCAACUCCAUGGCCCAGGGAGACUUCGUCUACUUCUUCUUCCGGGAGACCGCCGUGGAGUACAUCAAUUGCGGCAAGACCGUCUAUUCUCGCGUAGCGAGAGUCUGUAAAUACGAUCGAGGUGGUCCGCAUCGAUACCGCAAUAGGUGGACCUCGUUCCUAAAAUCCCGUCUUAAUUGCUCCGUUACCGGAGACUUUCCUUUCUACUUCAAUGAGAUACAAUCGACGACGGAAUUGAUAUCGGGCCAGUACGGCAAUAAGUCGGCGCAGUUGAUAUACGGGACGUUCACCACCCCGGUGAACAGCAUAAGCGGCUCGGCCGUGUGCGCCUUCUCCUUGCAGGACAUCACCGACACGUUCAAGGGCAAUUUCAAGGAGCAGAGCGCGAUCAACUCGAAUUGGUUGCCGGUGCAGAGCACCAAGGUGCCCGAUCCAAGGCCCGGCCAGUGCGUCAACGAUUCCCGAUCUCUGCCCGAUCUCACCCUCAACUUCAUCCACACGCACUCCCUAAUGGACGAGCUGGUCCCGAGCUUCUUCGGCCAACCCAUCGUCAUUCGCACCAGUUUCCAGGACGGCCGACUGGUCGUGAUCGCCGAUAGCCAGGUGCAGGCGUUGAGGCUGCACCGCUGCUACAGCGAUAGGAUCUUGUCGUGCGGCGAGUGCGUGGCCCUUCAGGACCCGUAUUGCGCGUGGGACAAGGUGGAGGGCAAGUGCAGAGCUUUGGUCGGGCCGGCUGCCACGGACGCGAGCAGAUUCCUCCAGAGCGUGGCCACCGGGUUGCACGCCUCCUGCCCGCCCAGCAAAAGUCUGAACAAGGAUGCCGGCAGCGCUGGCGCCAUCUCUGCGAACCAGAAUAAAUUCCCACCCGACUCGAUGAUCCCCAACAAGGAAGGCCAAGGGGGGGAGAUCAUCAACAUCAUGCAGGACGAGGAGCAGGACAAUUCAGGUAGAUAUUCGGUGGAGACCCUGGUGAUGGCCGUCGUGGCUGGCGCGUUGGCCGCUCUGUUAGUCGGCUUCGUGGCCGGCUACCUGUGCGGCAGGAAAUGUAGAAAGGACGAGGACGAUAAUCUGCCGUAUCCGGACACGGAGUACGAGUACUUCGAGCAGCGGCAAAAUGUGAACAGCAGGCUGGCGCCAGAGCCAAAGUUAUUGCCCCAGGAGGAGGUGACCUACGCUGAGCCUGUUCUGGUU